ACGCCAUACCCACUAUCGGCUUAAUUCACAUGCCGCGCACCUCAGCCAUGCGAUUGCUUGCCUUUGCAUAUCCUAGACGUAUGUCAUAUCGGGGUUGCAGUCCGCAUUGGCUCCUGGGCUAUUUAUUUGCUUUAUGUCUACCCGCUGUGCAUCGAUCCUUGUGCCGAUUUUUCCUUAGUUUCGGGAUUAUCUUUGUCUGCACUACUGAUUGCUUCGUCCUUCAGCUAGUGGGAUUCCGGGUAUCCACUUGGUCUCUGAUGCGCAUCAGUUUUCACCUGUUUUCCGAACUUCUUGCGUGUUGCUCAUCGGCACUACGCUGCUUCUCCUUGUUGCAUUUGUAUCCGGGUCGCGCUUUGCAAUUCAGAGAAGCUUUGACACCUGUCGGGGCUGCCGUCAUGCUGCAUUGUGCGUACGUUUUCACUAGGUCCUUAAUUCCUUCAUGGUUAUUGUAUCACUGAAUUCCAGAUGGAAACAUAGCCAGUGCGCGGCGGUUAUGGUUUGAUCACAUACUACAACCAUUUAUGGCGCCCUCUGGCGUUCCCCACCGCCGGCUCUUAUUGGAGCUCCU